AUGGCAAAGAAAACAUGUCGCCGGCUGAGUCAAAGGGAUCAAGAGUUGCUUUGCGAAUUCGUGCGGAAAUCUUCUACGUGUGCGGCAUGCCAAGAGCCGGAAUAUGUGCUCCGUGGAGGGAGUGCUGCCUCCGGGCUGCAAAGUGGGCAAGUCUCUGGCGGCGAUGGCGAUGGCGAUGGCUUGAUGAGCUCCACGUCCGGCUGUGGGCGUGUGGUUUUUCCGGGCGGAGCUGCAAAUUAG